GGUAUAGUUCCAGGUCGUACUAUACCGCCACUCCGACAUUGGAGCCGCGAAAAUCUGUAUCUCAGCAGCAACUGCGAUUCUCGUCCCAGCACCAAUGGAUGGGAUCUCCGCCUCGACAGCACUUACCUCGGCCACAAUCACAGUCACAGGAGAUCCGUCCAACCACCGCUGUCCGCCACUCUGUGCGUAGACUCUCGACUUCAGAUCGUGCAGACUCCGGGUUCGGGAACCACAAGUCUCCGCCCAAUAUCACACCGCCGACAUCGAAUCCUACGUCUGCCAAAUCCUCUCCCACCACCUUGUCACCUGCACCAACCGCCUCGACUGUCGUCCCUACAACCCGGCACAGUCCCACCGCUCCCACGAACACAUUCAAUUCAGCGACUCCGACAGGCGACCCUGCAGCUCGCGCCGUAGCUGCUCUCAUGGAUCCCUCAGGUCGCCAGUUGGGAUUGAGGGACACGGCGGUUCUGUUUGGCGUGGUGGAGAGUUUAAGAAAAGUCGUGCAGACGCUGCAGGAAAACGAGGAGGGUGCUUAUGAAGGGAAGGAAAUGAGGAGGAGGUUGGAUGGCGCGAGGGGGUGGUUGGAUGGGAGGAGGGAGUGAGUGGACUUUCUUCUGCUUGUUGACGAAAAUUUGUUUGGUGGUUUGCUCGGAUGCUGAUGGGCAAUUGUUUAUACCCCUCUUUAUAAUCUUCUUACGAUAUACUUUCUCGACUUG